CUGGUCGAUGGUCGCUACGGGGCGCCGCGGAUACUCGGCCCGUUGCGCUCGACUGUUCACCGGCCUGUACCCGGGGGGCAGCGCGGGCCCGAUCAGCGGCGCCUCCUCCGCCACCGACAUGGCGCACCGUCCGGUGGGUCGGCCUCCCUCCUGUCAACACAAUCCCCGACGACAGUCUCACCACCGCCGCAGGCCGGAGCUCCCGUCAGAAAGCGGCAUCGAAUCGACGGCGAAACGGACGAUCAGCCUCUUCCCCCCCCCGCUUCCAACGCUCCUCCUUCUCCCCUCUCACCCGGGAGGUGGGAGGCACUGGCACCAAGAUGGAGCCCCCCUCGCUCAAUCUCAUGGUCCUCCCAAUGCCUGGGAGGACCAGAGUCGCGGCCUUGGCAGCGCGCAGGCGUGUGUGUGUGUGUGUGACGUCUAAAUCAAGCGCCGGCACAUGGUGAGCGCGACGGCCGCUUGAAACGGCGGAAGAGCUGGUCUGCUCAGGGAUGAGCGAGUCCGGAUGUUACCCGCCGCCUGUCUUCAACCCUCCGGUUCGGCUGCUGCGGCCUCCGGUCUUCGCGCCGCCGCCUGUGGCUUGGCAGCCGCCCCCCUGGAGCGGGGGAGCGCCGUCCUGGUCCGGGCCGCCCUGGGGGAUGGGGGCUGGGCAGCGCCCCUCGUCCUGGCUGACGGCCUGUCACAGCAGCAGCAGCAGCAGCAGCCACCAGCUCCAGGGUAACUGUAACCAACAGUGGCCAUACCAACAGGCUUCAACCCAGUGGUCUCCAAACACCAAUCAAGAUAACUCCAGAAAACACAAGCAGAAAAGGAAAAAAGAGCCAGUAUACACACACUAUUGUGACACCUGUGACCGGGGAUUCAAAAACCAAGAGAAAUUUGAUGAACAUGUGUCUCAGCACAUCCAGUGCAAGGUGAAGGACUGUACAUUCCGUGCUCACGAGAAAUUGGUUCAGAUUCACUGGAGAAACGCACACGGGCCAGGCGCUAAAAGAAUUAAACUUGAUACUGCGGAGGAAAUUGCCAAGUGGCGUGAGGAGAGGCGGAGGAACUUUCCAACGUUGGAAAAUGUAGCAAGAAAGAGGAAAAUGGGCCAGGACAAAGAGGAGCGAGGAGAGGUGCUGCAUACCCAGCAGUUUAACAAAAUGAAGGGAAAAUGGAAAAGCCCUCACAACACCAGGCACCAAAGAGGUUUUGGCAGCAAGUUUGGCAAAGGAGGUGGGGGUCACAUUGAUAGAACACACAGUGGUGCGCAGGAACAGCAAAAUGCAAGGGAGCAGGAUGGUCCCAGCCAACCCAACGGGACAACUUGCAGGCCACCAGAAAACCAGGAGAACCAAGCUUGUGGCAAAGACAUCGACCCUCUCGGCAUAUUGGCACAAAACGAUGCAGAAUCUGACAAGGACGAGGGCCAAGUGGAUGCUGAACAAGCAGAAAUCUCCGUCGUGCCAAAGCAGAUAACAUCAGGCCUCAGUUCACUGAUGGCCAAUUACAGCAGCUCAUCAGACAGUGAAGGCGACCAGGGACCAGAGGAAAUCCCCUUCCAGACUGUUGCCAAAGCACCGGAGGAAAACAGCGUGCUGGGAUCUGCACCAAGAAAUGAGCAGGAGUUUAAAGAAUGUUCAAGCAACGUUAGAGGCUCAGAAACGCGUUGCCAAUUCAUCCCCAAGGGCAGAAGAAGAGGUAGAGGAAGAGGUCGUAACACACGAGGAAGGGGAACUUUCCAGCAGUUGCUAAAACGUGGGCCAACCUUGCUUGAAAUGCUGCUGGCUCCUGACAUACGACACGAAAGAAAUGUGAUUCUGCAGUGUGUUCGGUACAUUGUAGAAAACCAGUUUUUGGGCCUUGAGUCAAAGGUUAACGGGGUGGCGAAGACCCCUGUCCUGAGGGUGGCUUCAUGUGAAGAAGUGCAAACACACACAACUGCGGCUCAUGGUGAAACACAUGGGCUCCAGGGACUCGAUCCUGAACUUGAGCAUUCUGCCAAGAUCCCUGAAGCUGAGGAUGUUGGUGAGGAGUCCUCCCCUAAAGCUGAGGAGAUUAGUGAGGACCCCGAGAUUUCCCCAGCAAAUACAAGAUUAGCUUCCGUAGGCCAAGUGACCUUGUCUGCUGUGGAUGAUGAAAUUUGGGAGAUGCCAGACACAGCAAGUGAAAGGUGAUUGAGCAGAGCUUGACAGCUUAUCACGUGGACUCGGUAAAGAUUUCCAACAUAAAUGAGAUGACUGUACAGAUUUCUGUAGACUUGCAAUGUUUACUUCUAAUAAAUAGUUAAAUUUUGUUUUGCUACCA